GGUACCAGAGCGUUAACCGGUGUUCUCGGUGUGGUCGGAGCGAGAGCGGCUGCGCGUGCGCACAAGGGAGAAGGGUGGGAGGCACCGCUGGGAGGAGGGCGCCUUCCCGAAGGCGCUCGUGUUUUCCUUCGCGCUGUUGGUUAACCCGUGCGGGUUUUAAGAAAAAGGCUUUGAUGAUGUGACAACUGGGGUCAUUAUGUCUGCUCUAUGUCCUCCUCCUUCUCCUGCUGUUGCCAAGACUGAGAUUGCAUUGAAUGGAGAGUCACCACUACUGGCUGCUACUUUUGCCUACUGGGAUAAUAUUCUUGGUCCCAGGGUCAGACACAUCUGGGCGCCAAAAACAGAUCAGCAACUCCUCAGUGAUGGAGAAAUAACAUUUUUGGCAAACCACACUUUGAAUGGGGAAAUACUUCGGAAUGCAGAGAGCGGUGCAAUAGAUGUGAAAUUUUUUGUUUUGGCUGAGAAAGGAGUCAUUAUCGUGUCCCUAAUUUUUGACGGAAACUGGAACGGGGACAGAAGUACCUAUGGACUUUCAAUUAUACUUCCACAAAAUGAGCUUAGCUUCUACCUCCCCCUACACAGAGUGUGUGUUGACAGGCUGACACAUAUUAUACGAAAAGGAAGGAUAUGGAUGCAUAAGGAAAGGCAAGAACACAUACAGAGGGCAGUUUUGGAGGGCACAGAGAGAAUGGAAGAUCAGGGCCAGAGCAUCAUUCCAAUGCUGACAGGAGAAGUAAUUCCUGUAAUGGAACUCCUUUCAUCUAUGAAAUCACACAGUGUUCUAGAAGAAAUAGAUAUACGUGACACAGUCCUCAGCGAUGACGAUAUUGGAGAUAGCUGUCAUGAAGGUUUUCUCCUGAAAGCUAUCAGUUCACACCUGCAGACCUGUGGUUGCUCAGUAGUUGUAGGAAGCAGUGCCGAAAAAGUUAAUAAGAUAGUGCGGACUCUGUGUCUCUUUCUUACUUCAGCUGAGCGAAAGUGUUCCAGGCUCUGUAGAAGUGAAACUUCUUUCAAGUAUGAGUCAGGACUUUUUGUGCAAGGGUUGCUCAAAGUAAGGUCUUUAUUUUUGUUUCCUUAAACUGAACUCUCUCUAAAAGCCAGUAACUUGAAUCCUUAAUUUCUAACCAAUGCAUGGAAAUGUACCAGUGUUUUUUCUGCCAGAAUCACUUCUAUAUCUGUUUUUCUGACUGGAUGUUGUACUUUUUCUUUAUAUUAAAAUGUAUAUUUCCAUCCCGAUAUUUAUCACAAGUGGGGAAAAUCUACUUAAUUUUUUUACCCUAUUCUUCUGCCCUAGUGGCUCCCUAGACCUAGAUGAUUACAAAUGUAAAAGAAUUUAGCAAGAAACAAUAAUACAAUAAGCAACUGCCAAUUUCAAUUAUAUAAAAAGUAUAUAAGUAGUCAUUCUAUUUAUAAAAUACAGUGAGAGCCAUAAACAAAUUAAAAUUACACAAAAGCCAUCACAAUAGGUCCUGAAAAAUAUCUCAACUAUUGAAAGAAAAGUCCCUGCAAGAAUAGAACAAAAGAGAUGGUGAAGAUUAUGUAUUUUUAUUUGGCUGAAUUCAUUGCCAACGUAAAUACCUCUUUGCCUUCUGUACAAAAAGUAGAUUUGGUAGCUGAUAAUAUAUACUGGACAAUGUCAUAAUAUUUAUGUCAUCAUACAGGAUUUAAUUAAAAUGCUAGUGUGACCUUGUCUGACAGAACAUCAGAUUUUUGAUAUGUAGGAAUGGGUAGCACAUGUUCUAGUCUGGAUGAACCUGUGCUGGAUGCAUAAAGCUGCGUUACAUUGAAUCAGGCCAUCCAGGUUGGCAUUGUCUGCUGUGAUUGACAGUGCUUUUUCAGCAUCUCAGGCCUGAUCUCUUUAACCAGAAUGUCAAGGAUUGAACCUGGGAUCUUCCUUAUGCAAAGCAUCUGUUCUAUCACUGAUCCAUGGUCUUCCCCAUGCAUGGGUAACCUGCUUCCAAACCACUUAGGAGUGGAAGGAAGAGUAUAGUAUUUAUAAUAUGGCGAGCAAAACCACAAAGCAAAGUUCUGUUUCUUCUUCUGACAAAUGAGCUAACUGUGGUUUUGUUUCAAGAAAGAGUUGUGGCUGACCAGCUUCCCAGACUGAGUUAUGAAUUGAUGAAAAACAUCCUCAGUUUAGAUUCCCAUAACCUUCUGGAUUCAGAGAAACUCACAAUUGUUCCUGCUUCCACAAUAAGGCAUGCUACACAGUGUGACAACCACAGGUUUAAAAUGAAAAUCCCAAUUAUAAUUUUACUUACUUGGAGAUAAGUUUUGAUUAUGUCAGUGAACCUCUCCUUUGAGUUUCUCAUAAAGACGCUGUCUGUCUUGAGCAUGCUGUCUUGAAUCAAAAGCCUGCCGUCAGUAGUUUGUGAGCUCACCGUUGAUGACUUUGAGAGCCUAAGUAGUGUGAAAUCAGUUUUUUCCCCUUUAGCUUUCGUCUAGGAAGGCCCUGCUAGUCCAAUUCUGCUUGCUGCCUUGGAAGCUUAUAUUUGAAGGAAAUGUGGGACAGAACUCUUUUAAAUAAUCAAGAUUUUGAAUGUUGUCUGUACUGAAAAACCACUUUUUGUGGCAGCUUGGCAUUAUUUAGUUGAAUGAUCACAUCUAUUGAUUUUGCUUGAACAGUAUGAAAAAUUUCAUGAUUUUAAUUCCUCUGACUCUUUUAGCAAGUAGGAGGUGUUUUUUUUCCCCCAAUUUGACAGGAUGUAACUGGAAGUUUUGUGCUGCCUUUCCGGCAAGUGAUG